AUGCCGCCCAAAUGUAAAGUGUGGAUUCUAACAGUCCAGCAGGAACUCAGUUCAUACCCUUAUCAAAAGGGCUGGGAUUUACAAGUCAUCCAAGGUGCUUUGGGCUUCACCAUUCAGUCCAAUGAAGUAUUAGGAUUCCAUGAUUUCUUACGGACCAGAAACCAUCUGGGGACCAAAGAAGAUGGUUUUAUCAGUGAUUUCUGGGUACAGGCAUUCAAGUGUCUUUUACCACAUAUUUUUGUUAGCACAGAGGGUGAGAAAUCCUGCACUGGAAAUGAGAAGCUAGACAGCCUCUCUGGGGAUUUUUUUGAAAUGAAGAUGAUUGGCCACAGCUACAAUAUCUACAAUGCUGUCUAUGCUGUGGCCUAUGGCUUGCAUGUCAUGCAAUUAUUCAAGCACGAAAGAACGAUUAAUUUUCAGGAUCCGCAGCCAUGGCAGCUCCACCACUUUGUGAAGAGAGUCUCAUUUAACAACAGUGCUGGCGAUGAGAUUUCUUUUGACCAGAGUGGAGAACUGGAAGCUGGAUUUGAUAUUAUCAACUGGGUGACUUUCCUAAAUCAGUCCUUUCGAAGAGUGAAAGUUGGGAGGUUGCAAGCCAGAGCAAAAGCAUUCACCAUUAAUGAAGGUGACAUCACAUGGCACAGUGGUUUCAAGCAGGCCCAGCCUAUUUCUGUAUGUUCAGACAAGUGCCAUCCAGGUUAUAGCAAGAAAAUGAAGGAAGGGGCACCAUUUUGCUGCUAUGAUUGCAUCCCCUGUCCAAAUGGGAAGAUUUCAAGCCGUGAGGACAUGGAUGACUGUUCUGAAUGUGCAGAAGAUCAGUAUCCCAACAAGGACCAGGAUCUGUGUGUUCGCAAGACAGUAACCUUCUUGUCUUAUGAAGAACCACUUGGGAUCAUCUUAGCCAUCUUUUCAGUUUUCUUUUCGUUCUUCACAGCUUUGGUUCUAGGAAUAUUUAUCAAGCAACAUGACACUCCCAUUGUCAAAGCCAACAACCGAAGCCUUUCGUAUAUUCUCCUCAUUGCCCUCUUGUUCUGCUUCCUUUGUGCUUUGCUUUUCAUCGGCCCACCUCUGAAAGUAACAUGCCUUCUCCAACAAAUUAGUUUUGCUAUAGUUUUCUGUGUUGCUGUUUCUUGCAUAUUGGCCAAAACCAUGACAGUGGUUCUGGCUUUCAUGGCUACCAAACCAGGAAGCAUGAUGAGGAAAUGGCUGGGCAAACCACUGGCCAUAUCCAUUGUCCUUUCAUGCUCUCUUAUCCAAGCAUCAAUUGGUGUCAUAUGGUUGGCAACCUUUCCGCCAUUCCCAGAUGCUGACAUGCACUCAGAGACUGAAGAAAUUAUACUGGGAUGUAAUGAGGGGUCUGUGAUUAUGUUUUUCUGUCUUCUUGGCUAUAUGGGUUUUCUUUCCAUUGUUUGCUUCUGCAUAGCUUUCCUUGCCAGGAAGUUACCUGACAGCUUCAAUGAAGCCAAGUUUAUCACUUUCAGCAUGUUAGUCUUCUGCAGUGUUUGGUUGACCUUUGUUCCAACCUACCUGAGUACCAAGGGAAAAUACACAGUGGCUGUGGAGGUCUUCUCCAUUUUAGCUUCUGGUGCUGGUUUACUGGCUUUCAUCUUUUUACCAAAAUGUUACAUUAUUGUUUGGAGGCCUGAUUUGAACAAAAGGGAACGACUAAUUAAGUGA